CGGGCAGCCCCCUCCCGCCAGGCCCUGCCGGACCCGCGCCGUCUUCUUGUCACCCGCGGUUGCCUCGGGCGGGGAUCGGUGCCCCGAGCGCAAAGCCUGACGCGUCCCCCUUUCUCAUCCCCACCCCCACCUCCCACCACCCAGUCCCUGGCGGCGAUGAGACAGAGCGGCGCCUCCCAGCCCCUGCUGAUCAACAUGUACCUGCCAGAUCCCGUCGGAGACGGUCUCUUCAAGGAAGGAAAGAGCCCCGGUUGGGGGCCGCUGAGCCCGGCUGUACAGAAAGGCAGCGGGCAGAUCCAGCUGUGGCAGUUUCUGCUGGAGCUUCUGGCGGACCGCGCCAACGCCGGCUGCAUCGCGUGGGAGGGCGGCCACGGCGAGUUCAAGCUCACGGACCCAGACGAGGUGGCGCGGCGCUGGGGCGAGCGCAAGAGCAAGCCCAACAUGAACUAUGACAAGCUGAGCCGCGCGCUGCGCUACUACUACGACAAGAACAUCAUGAGCAAGGUGCACGGCAAGCGCUACGCCUACCGCUUCGACUUCCAGGGUCUGGCCCAGGCCUGCCAGCCGCCUCCCGCGCACGCCCACGCCGCCGCCGCAGCCGCCGCCGCCGCCGCAGCCGCCCAGGACGGCGCGCUCUACAAGCUGCCUGCGGGCCUCGCCCCGCUGCCCUUCCCGGGCCUCUCCAAACUCAACCUUAUGGCCGCCUCGGCCGGCGUCGCGCCCGCGGGCUUCUCCUACUGGCCGGGCCCGGGCCCCGCCGCCACCGCCGCCGCCGCCACCGCAGCCCUCUACCCCAGCCCCGGCUUGCAGCCCCCGCCCGGGCCCUUCGGCGCGGUGGCCGCCGCCUCGCACUUGGGGGGCCACUACCACUAG